GCAAUAAAAUAACAAAUUAGCAAAGUAGACUGAAAAAAAGGCUACUUGUGUUGAUAUCUCCAAAUAAUUUCUUCAACUGCACCGAUUUGUUUUGCCAAACAUAAAUACGUUGUCUCUCCCGCUUCUCCACGGAGCAUUCACGUCUCUACCAAGCGCCGGAGUUUUACUUUUGCCAGCGGCUGCCUGAAGCAUAACUGGUGAGAAUCUGCGUCGCCGGCUGAUAUUUCCGGCCGCCGGAUGAUUUGCAGGGAGAUGAUUGCCAAAUGCUAGCAACUGUUAAUUACUUUGGUAUUUGGAUAGUCUGAUGCUUUAAUAAACUUGUUCUUCUCCGAUGAUCAAUAAUUCGAGCCUCCGACAACGGCGACGAGUCUGAUUCUUUUCUUUUAUUGGAGAUUGAAUCGGAAGUAACCAGUUUCUGAUUUUCGGCGAGAAGAUCGAACUGGUCCGUAGAGUUUUCGGUAGGUCUAAUUUGCAGGUUUUUUGAUAAGAUGGCUACGGGAUCGGUGGUGGACGAUUUCGCUCGAGUCACGAGUAGCAGUAGCAGGCGGAGCGGAAGGCUGGAGGAGGAGGAGGAAGAGCUCCGGUGGGCGGCCAUGGAGCGGCUUCCGACGUACGAUCGGCUGCGAAAGGGAUUGCUCCGGCAAGUUGCGGACAAUGGCGGAUUUUUUCAGAAGGAAGUGGACGUGAGGAAGAUCGGAUUUGAGGAGAGGAAAGAGUUGAUGGAAAGGUUGUUGAAAGUUGCUGAAGAAGAUCAUGAGAAAUUUCUGCGACGGCUCAGAGACAGAACCGAUCGAGUGGGGAUUGAAAUUCCGAAAAUUGAAGUUCGUUUCGAGAAUUUGUCAGUUGAAGGAGACGUUUAUGUUGGGAGCAGAGCGCAGCCCAGUUUGCUCAACGUCACUCUCCAUACUUUUGAGAGCUUGCUUGGAUUGAUUGGGUUGGCUCCAUCCAAGAAGAGAAAGAUCCAGAUACUUAAAGAGCUAAAUGGAAUUAUCAAACCUUCAAGGAUGACACUACUUUUAGGUCCUCCAAGCUCUGGGAAAACUACCUUGCUGUUGGCACUUGCUGGGAGACUUGAUAAAAGUUUGAGAGAAAGUGGGAAAGUGACAUAUUGCGGACAUGAAAUGCAUGAGUUUGUGCCUCAAAAAACUUGUGCUUAUAUCAGCCAACAUGACAUUCAUUGUGGGGAAAUGACAGUGAGAGAGACAUUGGAUUUCUCUAGUCGUUGUUUGGGAAUUGGCACAAGAUAUCAACUUUUGACUGAGCUCACAAGAAGAGAGAAAGAAGCAGGCAUUAAACCAGAACUUGAGAUUGAUGCAUUCAUGAAAGCCAUCUCUGUUACUGGCCAAAAAGAAAGUUUGAUUACAGAUUAUAUUCUCAAGAUACUUGGGUUGGAAGUUUGCGCUGAUAUUUUGGCUGGUGAUGACAUGAGAAGGGGAAUCUCUGGUGGCCAGAAGAAACGUGUUACUGCAGGGGAGAUGCUAGUAGGGCCAGCAAAGGCUUUGUUUAUGGAUGAAUUAUCAACAGGAUUGGACAGUUCCACCACGUUUCAUAUAUGUAAGUUCAUGAGACAGAUGGUUCAUAUAAUGGACGUAACAAUGGUCAUUUCUCUGCUACAACCAGCCCCAGAAACUUAUAAUCUAUUUGACGAUAUAAUUCUACUUUCAGAAGCACAAAUUGUGUACCAAGGUCCAAGAGAAAAUGUCCUUGAAUUCUUUGAAUUUAUGGGCUUCAAAUGUCCAGAAAGGAAAGGAGUUGCUGAUUUCUUACAAGAAGUGACAUCAAAAAAGGACCAAGAACAAUAUUGGUACAAAAAGAACCACCCAUAUAGAUUCAUUUCAGCUCCUGAAUUUUUGCAGGGAUUCAAAUCUUUUUCCAUUGGUCAACAACUUGCCUCCAAUCUUGCAGUACCUUAUGACAAAUCUAAAACCCACCCAGCUGCAUUAGUCAUGGCGAAAUAUAGUUUAUCCAAUUGGGAGCUCUUCAAGGCCUGCUUUUCAAGAGAGCUACUGCUAAUGAAGCGAAAUGCUUUUCUCUACGUGUUUAAGGCUGUCCAAAUUACAAUCAUAUCCAUCGUUGGUAUGACUGUGUUUCUGAGGAGUGAGAUGAAAGUGGGCACCACGAGGGAUGGAAGCAAGUUCUUUGGAGCUCUAUUUUUCAGCCUCAUGAAUGCCAUGUUUAAUGGAUUGGCCGAAUUGGCUCUCACUCUUUUCAGGCUUCCAGUGUUCUUUAAGCAAAGGGAUUUCUUGUUCUAUCCAGCUUGGGCAUUCAGUUUGCCUAUUUGGCUCCUUAGAAUUCCUCUCUCUCUCAUAGAAUCAGGGAUAUGGGUUCUUCUUACUUAUUACACAAUUGGAUUUGCUCCUGCUCCUAGUAGGUUUUUUAAACAACUUUUGGCGUUCUUUGCCACACAUCAAGCGGGACUAUCAUUGUUUCGACUUUUGGCUGCAAUUGGGAGAACACUAGUUAUUGCAACUACUUUGGGUACCUUUUCUCUAUCAUUAAUUUUCUUGCUCGGAGGUUUCAUUAUUGACAAAGGUAAUAUUGAGCCAUGGAUGAUUUGGGGCUUUUAUGUUUCUCCCAUGAUGUAUGGACAAAAUGCCAUUGUCAUUAAUGAGUUCCUAGACAAAAGAUGGAGCAAGAAAAAUACUGACGAUAAAAUUAAUGAACCGACAGUUGGGAAAGUGUUGCUUGCUAGCAAGGGCUUCUUUAAGGAAGAACGUUGGUAUUGGAUUUGCAUUGCAGCACUCUUUGCCUUUAAUCUUCUCUUCAACAUUCUAUUUACAAUAGCUCUGACUUACUUGGAUCCGUUGACUUAUUCAAAGACAGUAAUUAGCAUGGAUGAAGACAAGAAGCAAAGGAAAAACGAAAGUUCCACUACACAACAUAAAUUAGCAGGCAUUGAUUGCGAAGUCAUCGAAUCUUCGUAUCAUAUUCAAACGAGAGGAAUGGUUUUGCCUUUCCAGCCCCUUUCACUUGCAUUCAACCAAGUCAACUAUUAUGUUGAUAUGCCUAUUGAAAUGAAGAUGCAUGGGAUUGAGGAAGGCCGUCUUCAAAUUCUACGAGAUGUUAGUGGAGUUUUUCAACCAGGUAUAUUAACAGCACUUGUUGGUGUUAGUGGUGCUGGAAAAACUACUCUCAUGGAUGUUUUAGCUGGGAGAAAGACUAGUGGUUAUAUUGAAGGAAGUAUAUACAUCUCUGGUUAUCCAAAGAAGCAAUCGACCUUUGCUCGAGUAAGUGGUUAUUGUGAACAAAAUGACAUUCAUUCGCCUUAUGUCACUGUCUACGAGUCUCUCUUGUUUUCUGCUUGGCUUCGCCUUUCCUCCAAUGUGGAUAUCAGAAAAAGAAAGAUGUUUGUAGAAGAAGUUAUGGAAUUAAUAGAACUUGAUACAAUUAGAGAUGCUAUAGUGGGGCUUCCAGAACUAGAUGGUCUUUCAACAGAACAAAGGAAGAGGUUGACAAUAGCAGUGGAGUUGGUUGCUAAUCCUUCUAUCAUCUUCAUGGACGAACCAACUUCUAGCCUUGAUGCUAGAUCCGCUGCCAUUGUUAUGCGUACCGUGAGAAAUACGGUUGAUACAGGGAGAACUGUUGUAUGCACAAUUCACCAGCCAAGCAUAGACAUUUUUGAAGCUUUUGAUGAGUUACUGCUCAUGAAACGUGGUGGAGAAAUGAUUUAUGCUGGACCUCUUGGUCAGCGAUCUUGCAAACUCAUUGAAUAUCUUGAAGCUAUUCCAGGAAUUCCAAAGAUUGAAGAUGGCCAAAAUCCUGCUACGUGGAUGCUUGAGGCUACUGCCACUUCAAUGGAGGCUCAACUGGAUGUCGAUUUUGCUGAUAUUUUCGCUGAAUCUCCACUUUAUCAGAGGAACCAAGAACUUAUAGUGGAACUUAGUACUCCAGCUCAAGGCUCUAAGGAUCUACACUUCCCAACCAAAUACUCACAGUCAUUUUUGUUUCAGUGCAAAGCUUGUUUUUGGAAACAACAUCGAUCUUAUUGGCAGCACGCUCAAUACAACACCAUACGGUUCUUCAUUACGAUAAUUAUCGGUACCUUAUUUGGUCUAAUCUUCUGGAACAAGGGACAAAAAUUAGCCAAGGAACAAGAUGUGUUGAAUAUUUUGGGAGCUAUAUACACUGCAGUUCUUCUCCUUGGAUCUACCAAUGCUUCAGCUGUGCAGGCUGUAGUUGGUAUUGAGAGAACAGUUUUCUAUCGUGAAAGAGCUGCAGGGAUGUACUCUGCAUUGCCUUAUGCAUUUGCUCAGGUGGCAAUUGAAACAGUCUAUAUUUCAAUUCAAGCUCUUAUUUACUGUCUCGUUUUUUAUAGCAUGAUUGGAUUUGAGUGGAAAGUGGGAAAAUUUAUAGUGUUCUACUACUUGGUUCUAAUGUGCUUCAUAUAUUUCACACUGUAUGGGAUGAUGGUUGUAGCAUUGACUCCAGACCACCAUAUUGCAGCCAUUGUCAUAUACUUUUUCCUUGGCCUUUGGAACUUGUUUGCGGGUUUUCUUAUUCCUCGACCGCUAAUUCCCAUUUGGUGGAGAUGGUAUUACUGGGCUUCUCCUAUGGCUUGGACAAUAUAUGGCCUUGUGGCUUCCCAAGUUGGGGACAAAGAUGUUGAGAUUGAGAUUCCAGGAUCUGGAAAUGUAGGAUUAAAGAUGUUUCUUAAGGAACGGUUCGGGUACGAUUACGACUUCAUCCCGGUCGUGGUCGCAGCCCAUGUCGUUUGGGUUCUGACCUUCUGCUCAGUGUUUGCUUGUGGAAUCAAAUUCCUUAACUUCCAGAGGAGAUAGGCACAUUAUCUAGAGCAGUGUUGUAUAAUGUUUAUUAGUCAUCAGCUAUAGUCUUGUACCAUAGAAAUCAAUUGCAUGACUGCUGUUAAAAAUUCAAAAGCUUAAAAGCUAAUAGGUUAGGAUGAAUUUUAAUACUCCCCUCACUUACAGAUUUGAAAAUUUGCACAAGACUCAAUGAGUGGUUAUCAAUAUUACUCGAGAAGGACAUGACAUGAUGUUAUAGACGUUCCAA